ACUAUGGAUUUUGAGGAGUUGUGGAGUGUUUUAAUUUUAGUGGGAUUUAUUGGAGUUUUGAAGUUAUUUGAGUGAUUUUAGUUAAAGUUUAAAAAUUAAAAUAAAAUCUAUAGAUGAUUUGGUAAACUAUUUUCUAAAAAAUUUGGAGUUAUUUAGGUGAUUUGCUACUAGUCUUUCUAUCAAUGGAUUUAUUUUUGCCACACAUAUCCUCUAAUCAACCUCGUUACUCAUAAAUAUUACAUGAAUUAUAUUACAAGAUUUUAAUUACGUGUAGCUUAAAAUCCGAAACAAGAAACUUCUCUUCUUCCACAACGCAGACACCAAGACGUGGCGCUAACUUAGGUGAUGCAGCUCCCACAACUGAUUCAUCUCAUACCAAAACUCCUUCUCCCCAAGCUAACACUCUUAAGUGCUUCACCGCAAGUGCUGAGCCAUCAGGGAGAACCGCCUUAUAUGUUGUUCCUGUUCUAGUUGCAACGAUAAUGUUCUCAGAGCUGAAACCAUUAGUUGCAGCCAUAGCCCAUCAAGUCCCCAAGCUUAACCUUAACCAAAGGCUUCUGAAUCGAAGAGACUUGCGCUAGCAAAUGGCUACAAAGUCUCUGCGCUAAGCUACUAACUCCUUUGUUUAAACUACUUCUCUUUCUCGUAUAGUAAUACCACCAAACACACCAGCUGCAAUAACCGAUUCUCAGACAGAACCAAAGGGUUCACGAACCUACACUCACCUAAACUACGAAGAAUCUCACCGUUCAGUUCAUUAUUCGACAGAUCAAGAGACAUCAAGAACGGUUACCAAGUGGCAAGUACAUAGCUUUGGAGGGAUGUUACCAGAGAAUCGAUUGCUAGAUAGAUCGAGCUUCUGUAAGCUACCACAGUACUGAAGAGACUCUGGGAUCCGACCAGAUAAACCCAUGUCUGGAAGCUCGAGAUUGAUGACUAUGUUCUCUUGAUUGUUCUAACAAGACGCGCCGACGAAGUUUCAGUGGAACCCGAGAGUUGUGUUUGCGAAGUUUCAUGAUUUGAGAACUCCCUUAGGGUCGGUGAGAGCGGUCUGGAUUCCUCCUAGGCAUCUUAUGUCAUCUUCAUCAGCAGCCAUGGUGGGAGAAAAGCAGAGGAAGAAGAUGAUGAACAGAGUAGUGAUGAUUGAAAAAGGAAGAAGCUUUAUGGGGUUUGAGAUGAUCUCCAUGGAUGAAGUGAUCAGAGGUCUUCUGGGUCUGGAUUGAAAUCAAAGUUUUGUCCAUGCCAAUGAAGUUGCAGAGAUGGAUGUUGUUUUAUUUUGAUUUUGAAGUCUCUCCAAAUAACACAUGUAGAGGUAAGAGUUUUAUUGGGAUACUUUUUAACUAGAAUGAAUUCAAAGUAUUCCGAAAUCACAUUCAUAACUUUUUUUUUUGAAAUAAUAAGUUUUGUAAAUGGUUAAUUGAAUAACAGGAGAUUUGUAAGUGUUUGUAAUGAUUUUACAUAAAUUUCAUGUUGAAUAACAGGUGAUUUUAAAAUAAUUUUUAAAAGUCUUAGUUGAAUAACAUGAGAUUUUAAAACAACUCUGAAGCCUUUUAAAAUCAUAGCUUCAAUACACCCCCUACAUCUACAUGAUUUCAUACCCCUUAAGAUUAAUUAUCUACAAAAGUAAUGCUAAUUAAAAUAGUAUCUAUAUGAUUUCAUACCCUUAUUUUAUGAAAUCAUGUUGAUACAACUCAAUUUUUUAUUAUCCUAUUAAAAUAGUAUCUACAUGAUUUCAUACCUUUUAAGAUUAUAUCUAUAUAAUUUCGUAUAUGAGUAUGUGUGAAUAUGAUAAAUAUGUGUUUGUAUGUAUAAGACAAAAUAUAUAAAUAAUUAAACAGAAUUUUUCUAUUAAAAAUAAAAUAGUUGUAUAAAAAUCUAAAAGAAAUAAAAUAAUUAAUUUCCUUUUUAAAAAUCUAAAUAAAAUAAAAAUAUAAAAGUAAUUUUAUUUUUCUUAAAAUUAACUAACUUUACUUUUAAAUAAUUUUUAAUAGAAAAACACCAUGACUAUUGAAAUAGAAAUACUAAUCAAAAUUGAUGUAAUUAAAGAGAUCAUUUUUACUAAAAUAAGUCAUCAAUAUAUAUUGGAAAAUCAAAGAUCUAAUGUGAAAUAAUAUUUUCAUUCUUUUAUGUGUUAGUGAUAACAUCAAAUAAAACUCGUACAAAGCACGGAUCCAUAUCUAGUAUGAUAAUAACUCAUAUCUUCAUCAAAGUCAAUAUAUUCAAAUAUAGCAUUAAAUAAUACAAUAAUAAAAAUAUAACAAAUUUCAAAAAUUUCCAAAUACCAUAAAUUUUUAAAUAUUAUUUAAUUCUACUUUUUAUAAUAAUACAUUUUUACUAACAACUUCUUCAAAAUUUUAUGUAUUUUUUAAAAAUAUAAAAUUUUAUAUUAAUACCAUUAGUUUCUUUUUGAUAUCUAAAAAUCUUAGAAAUACUAUUUAGUUUUACUUUUUGAUUAUUAUAAAAUCUUAUAUCAAAUUUUUAUUCUUAAUUUUAUACAAUGAUUUAAUAUAUUUUAACGAAAAGAUAUAAAUAUAUAUAUAUAUAUAUUAUAACUUAAAAUAUAUAUAUACAUAUAUAUUUUCAAAUAUGAACUUUAAAUCAAUAAAAUUGUUUAUUGGGGAAAUUUUGAAACUUUAUUGAUGUAUUUAAUGAAGGAAGUAAAACACCUAGAUCAAUAUAUAUUUACAUAUAUAUAUAUAUAUAUACAAUCUAUGUUUAGAGAAUGCAUAACCAAAAAAUAAUAAUAAACUAGCCCAAAAUUCUUACUGAGAAUUGGGAGAAACGUGAUGGAAUAUAAUUUUUUCACCUCAGUUUAUAUCACAUUUUGUAUCACUCUGGGUAUGUUGUUUCUCAUAAAAUGGUUCUUAGAACUUCUUCUUGGGGGUGAUGGUGGUGGUAAGCAGCUCCCUCCAUGCCCGCCUGGAAUUCCGAUGAUCGGAAACUUAGUGGGAAUGCUCAGGAACAGACCAACUACCAAGUGGAUAGUUCGUGUGAUGAACGAUAUGAAGACGGAUAUAGCUUGCUUCCGCUUCGGUCGUGUUCAUGUCAUUGCCAUAACGUCUGAUGAGAUUGCCCGUGAAGUCGUCAAGGAAAAAGACUCGGUGUUUGCAGACAGGCCGGACUCUUACUCCGCCGAAUACAUAAGUUGCGGGUACAAGGGGGUGGUGUUCGAUGAGUACGGCGAGAGACAAAUGAAGAUGAAGAAAGUGAUGACGUCCGAGUUAAUGUCCACAAAGGCUUUAGACUUAUUACGCGACGUUAGAAACUUGGAAUCCGACAACCUCCUCGCAUAUGUUCUUAACCUAUACAAGAAAGGUGGGUUAGUGAACGUAAGGGAUAUCGUAUGCACCCACACUCACAGUGUGAAGAUGAGACUCUUGUUUGGUCGAAAGCAUUUCAAGGAAACGACAAAGGAUGGGAGCCUCGGUCCGAUGGAGAAAGAACACCUUGACGCCAUUUUCAAGGCUCUUGAUUGUUUCUUUAGCUUUUACAUAGCUGAUUACUACUCUUUAUUUAGAGGAUGGAAUCUUCAAGGAGAGGAGGUUGUGUUAAGAGAAGCCGUUGAUGUUAUCGCUAAGUACAACAAAAUGAUUAUUGAUGAGAAGAUAGACUUGUGGAGAAAAAACUGCGAUGCAAACAAGAACGUGCCCAAGGAUUGGCUAGAUAUCCUCUUCACUCUCAAAGAUGAUAAGGGCAAGCCGCUGCUUACGCCAGAAGAAAUCACACAUCUUUCCAUUGAUCUUGAUGUAGUGGGCAUUGAUAAUGCAGUGAAUGUAAUAGAGUGGACAUUAGCGGAAAUGUUGAACCAAAGAGAGAUUCUUGAACAAGCAGUGGAAGAGAUUGAUAGGGUUGUGGGAAAAGAUAGACUUGUUCAAGAAUCAGAUGUACCAAAGCUAAAUUACGUCAAAGCGUGUAUCAGAGAAACUCUUAGACUUCACCCUACCAACCCUUUCCUCGUCCCUCACAUGGCUCGUCAAGACACAACUCUCGCUGGCUAUUUCGUCCCAAAAGGCAGUCAUAUUCUAGUGAGUCGUCCUGGUAUUGGUCGAAACCCUAAAACAUGGGACGAGCCACUCAUCUACAAGCCUGAGCGUCACCUAACCGGUGAUGAAGUGAUGUUGACUGAGCCAGACAUGCGACUCGUUUCAUUUGGAACCGGUAGGCGUGGCUGCGUUGGGACUAAGCUUGGGACCUAUAUGAUUGUUACAUUGCUGGGAAGGCUUCUUCAAGGAUUCGACUGGACGCUUCCUCCAAAGACGGCCAAAGUCGAGCUAGUCGAAUCGAAAGAAAACUUAUUCAUGGCUAAACCUCUCUUGGCUUGUGUCGAGCCUAGAUUAGAUCCCAACAUGUAUCCUAAACGUCGGACCAGACUGGCUUGAUCACAACGGUUAACUAUGACCCAUUAGUUGUUUUUCGAAUUUCGUAUUUAUUUUACACAUUUAUGAAAAUUAAGAAAAAUAUUUAACAAAAUAUCAAUGGGAACUUGAUGCAGAGAGAAUAUUUGGAUAAAUUCUAAAUACUAAAGAGUACGUCUGUCUUCUUCUUCUGGAUUCUAGCGUUUUAUUUGUGCCUCACUUGCUCAUAACUCCUGAUUUUAAUUACCAGUUACCGAUUACUAUUUGCGGUUGUGGGUUUUAUUUUGUAUUUUUGUAUCUGCUAAAUAUUAUCUCACAUUCUCAAGAACCACUCAUUACAUCCACUAAAAAGAGUUGAAUACCUUUUAAAAGAUCUUGAAUUGGAACAAAGUUUAUAUAAUAGUCUUGAUGAAUAUGUCGACAACGAGGACGACCCCUAUCCAAGAAGGCAAGAACCGACCGAAACCGGAGCUAGUGGCUCCGGCAACAACAACUUCAACUCGGCGGUAGGAGAGCACAUGUUCGACAAAGUGCUAACACAAAGCGACUUCGGGAAACUAAACCGGCUCGUGAUACCAAAGCAACAUGCAGAGAACUACUUCCCUUUAGAGGACAAUCAAACCGGUACGGUAUUGGACUUUGAAGACAGAACCGGAAAGAUGUGAAGGUUCUGCUACUCGUAUUGGAACAGUAGCCAGAGCUACGUGAUGACUAAAGGAUGGUGUCGUUUCGUCAAAGAAAUGAAACUCGAGAGCGGAGACAUCGUCUCGUUCCACCGUGGAUACGUCCCCGACGAUAACGAACCGGAGAAACGAAAGAACAUAUUUUUCAUUGACUGGAGGCCUAGAGCCAACACAAGCCUCGUACACAACAUUAACUAUCAUCAUUACCCUUUGUUGGGGUCAAUUAUUGUCCCGGCUCUAGAAUAUGAACUAAAGAAUUAUAAGUACUCACUUUAUAUUAAUCUCUCAAAAUUCAAGCACACAAUAUUCUCUCAAACUCAUAUGUUCUGCAACACGCAUGCAUCUCCAUAUAUAUAACCACACAAACUUCCUAAACUCAUUAGGUAAGCAUCAAUAGAUAAUUUUCUAAUCUAUAACUCAAUUGAUUUAGGUUGCUUGCUUCUCAAGCUAACUCAAGCUUAUCCAACAAUCUCCUCUUUAAAUUUGAAGUGAACUUGAUUGACAUCUUGCACUCCUACUAGCUCUCUCAUCUCUUUAUACUUGAUUCUUCCCAACACUUUGGUUAGAAUAUCUGCUUUCUGUAGCUCUCCUGCGACGUGUCCUACUUCAACUUUCUCAUUGUCAACCACUAGUAAAAAUCUACCGCAUAGCCAUGGUAGUGCCACUACAUAACCAUGGCUAUAAGCCAUGCAACCGCCACGUCGGAGACACGGAAAAAAUAUUAGCCACGAAAAACCCAAAAAAAAAGACGCGAUUAAAUCACGAAAAAGUAGUGUGGCUACACUAGCCACGAACUAGCAACGUAAUUUUUUGUGGGAACAGACCUAGCCACGAUUUAACCACUACAAUAAUUAGUGGCUACGUUUUGUUUUUAUAGACAUCAAAAUAGUAGUGUUAUGUCCAAUCGUAUUGACCAAAUGUAACAUAGCCACGGUUUAUUUAUGGCUGUACCGUGGCUGAGAUGCUUUAUGCAGUGAUGUUUUUCAAAAGCCACGCUACUUUAGUGGAUAAAGCGUGGCUACUUUCUAAUAUAUAGACAUCUCACGGAUGAAGCAUUAAGAAGUUUUGAUGUUUACCCAAAUUUUGUAAACAAAAACUAUGUCUUUUUACUUUGAAUCUAGGGAAUGGGUGGAUCAAAGGAUUGAUCCUGAGAGUAAUUCCGUUUCAGAAGUAUUUUUCGGGGGCAUUAACGCAUUUAUUCAAUUUGGGUGUAAUCAAGCAUAUUACGAGAAGCGGCAAACUUUAUUGUGUCCAUGUGCUCGAUGCAAAAAUGUGAAGCAACAAGAUGCAAAAGUUGUCGCAAGACAUCUACAAUUUGAUAUGCUACAAGAUAAAAGAUAUAUAUAAAGUUUAUAACAAUUCAUCUAUGCACCAUGAUUAUAAAAUACAAAUAUUAACUUGAAUUUAUAUGUGAAAAUAAAUUUUAAUUAUAAAA